AUGAAGACAACGCACGAGUCUGAACCUACCAAAUGGUCUCGAAGAUCUGUGGUGUGGAUGGUAUUUGCAUUCGUGCUCUUUCUUGGAGCACCUAUGUUCAUAUAUACCACGAGUACAUACCGUGCUGACUUGCCAGUUGAAGACUUGUCAGAGAAGAGUGCCAGCUUCUCGGAUGCCAUUCAAAUCAGGGUACCCGUGUAUUUGAGAUCGGAGAACGAUCUCGAUAUUCCUACUCUUCAGGAAAAGGUCAACAAUGAACUACAGAGCAAAUGGAACGUCGAAAACAAUUGGGGCAUCGAGUUAAUAUCAUCAAACACCCAGUCCCCGGACCCAUUCGACAAUUACGUCGUGGAUAUCAUCUUCGAUGGUAAAGCAGAUCCUGUUGUUUCACCAAACUCGAAGUCUCUGACAAUCCAUGUCAACUGUAAUGAUUGUGUCAUCAAGGAGUUGAUUAAAUUGUUUGAUAUCGUUUUCGAGGACGAGGUUAAGGCUAUCUUGAGCGUCAUCAACAAUGUCGAAAAACAAAGCAAACACAACGAGAUUUCCGUUCCACAUGCUUCAACAUACAACAUUGUUUUUAAUCUUUUUGUGGAAAACGGUAUUUCGGUGGAUUGGGAGAUAGACGAGGCUGUAUCGACUAUGCAGCCAAUCUUUGAUGUGUUGAGACAUUAUACCAAUUUCAAGGUUAGCUCGCAAAUCCAAUACUACACGAAGCUCCACACCCCUCCUGUUUUUGAUAAUGAGACCAAUCGAUACAUUGUUCCAACAAAGGACUUGUCCACUUUCAUCAACUACGGGGAUUGGAACUUGAUCACUCAUGAUAUAUAUCCAACUAUUAACUUCAUUGUUUUCUUCCCGGCUAGCAAUCAAAAGGGCCAGCCAUUGAUAUUGGAGCAUUCGAAAACAAACUCUUUCAUCGUUCCUCAAUGGGGUGGCGUGUAUAUCUACAACGCUCCAAUGCCUGUUUUAGGAGACUACACUUACACUCUCCAGAAAGAACAGUGGUCAAGAAUCUUUGACACAUUUGCAUCCCAGCUUCUUGAACUUAUCGGUAUACCUAAACUUCCGAAGAGUCUUCCUAUGAGAAUAGACUCAUUCAACAGGAUCAUGGGAGUUAAGAACCUCAAGCAUUCACUCGAGAAUCUCAAGUCAUUGGUCACAUUAUCUGACUCAUUGGAUGAAAUCUCAAUUCCGGAAUUGACACGCGCUCACAUGGUUGAUAGUUUGCAUAAUUACGGCGAAGCAUUGAAAGGCCUUCAAGAUGGCGAUUUUGCCUCCGCCGUUCGCUUCUCCUCCAAGGGCUUAGAGGAUUCAGACAAGGCAUUCUUUGAGAAGGAAAUGGUCCAACAGGCAUACUUCCCUAGUGAACAUAAGCUUGCAGUCUUUCUCCCGUUGCUAGGUCCUCUCGGAGCCAUCGUUGUCUUCGGCUUGUUAGGCGUAGUGAAGGAGCAGCUUAAGGAGAGGAAACAAAAGGCAAAGGAAUUGCAGGAGAAGAAGGAUACGUAA